AUGCGGGGAACGGCUGCUUCCCCGAUAUGCUGCCGUUCGGCGGCGCCGCCACCGUCGACGCCGCAACGAGUAUCUUGCCCGGCGGCGGGCGCGGCGGCGAUGAGCUCUCGUUCUCAUCCCCGCGCUCGCCAUUUUAGCGUCUCCUGUUUUUGUCGCCGGCGCAGCGAAGACUUGAGGGACUCUUUGGGAUGGUCGCCAAUGGAAGCGGUGCUUCGGGUGUUGGCGGGGACUGCCGUCUCCUUGUCCCUCAUUUCCUCUUCUCUUAGCUUGCCUCCCGUCGGAAUGGCCGUGGCGGCGGUUCAGCUUCCUCUGGACUCUCCUCCGGCUGAGCGUUGCGCCUGGGAGGAAGAGCAGGACCCAUCGUCCAUAGAGAGGAACCCGCCGCCAGUGAUCACCAAUGAAGAGAUUGUGAAAGAAGCGUGGGAAGUCGUCAAUGAGAGUUUCUUGGACUCCGGGAACCGCGGGUGGUCUCCGGAGAAAUGGCAGGUGAGUAAUCCUCUCAUUAGUGUUGAGUCAACUUUGCUCAUACGCUAGAUUCGACCGGUCUGCUCUUAAUUGAACCCCCUCGAGGUUUCUCCAAGAUUGUCAUAUUCUUUAAAGACGUUCCUUUGGUUGGGAGGACCAAAAAUACAAGAGAAAAAAAAUGAUCUUUUCACUUUUAUAUAUACAUAUCAAGUUUAAAAUAUGUUCAUUCGAAUUUGCAGAAUAGCACAAGCUAGUAGCGAUCAUAGGGUGACAGAAUUUAUGUAUAUAUAAAUAUUUAAUUAUCACUAAAUUAUGUAGUGAAAAUUUCUUAAUUGAGUCUAUAAUCAUAUUUGGCGUAAUGUAGAUUUAUUUUUUGGAUAAUUAAGCCUUUAAUCUUGAAAUCGUAAAGGUAUGGUAGCUUCCAUAGCGAAUGGUUAAAUAUAUUAAUUUCCUAUGUUAAACUUUGGAAUUGGAGAACCUGCAGAAAACUAGAAGCAUAUUUGCAAAAUUAGGUCGACGAUAUUGACGAUGGUAUAUAUCUGGUUAGAUUCAGUUCAACUAAUGCAAAGGGAAAGGUUGAAAAAAGGCCUCAGAAAUUCAGGAAAAUUCGAGCAGCAAAUUGAAAUCGUGGAGUUCUCAUUCACCUUCACCUUCCUUUUGAUUUUAUUUUUAGUCUCUGAUAAUACGGCUGUUCGUUACAAACUUUUAUUGGCUUCUGAAGAAGGACAUUGAAGCCCACUGGGGUCUCAUUGUUAUUGUCUGAUGCAGCUUUCCACAUAAUCUCCAAGUGGAGUUCAAGAUAUACCUCCUGCACUUUAUGACGAAUUGAUUAUAGUUUAUGACCAACGUUUUCACAGCUGCACUUAAUGCAGAUCAACUAGGCUGAAAUGGUGCUUAUAAUAUCUUCUUGAUACACUGGUUCGUGCUCUGUUGAAUGACGUCUUGCACCUAAGCUUAUGAAAAUAUUCUGAAAUGUAUUUGCUUAUUCAUGUCAAAUUGAUGGAAACUAAAGAGUAACUGCGAAUCUAUGAUGUGUAAACCAGAACCGAAAAAUUGAUGGAGUCCCAAUUUCCAGUCAAAACAAAUAGGAGAAAAGAUUGACUUGUAUUUUGUAGAAAACUGAAUCAUUACAGACCAUCUGACAGAGUUGAAGACGAACAUCCUCGCAAGAGAACAGGACUGACAAGAGGAUAACAGGGAAGAAUGGAAAGAAAGGAUUUACAAUGGCCAAUUUGAGAUGGUUGAUCUCCUAAGACUCCGUCACAUAACCCACAGGUCCCAGGAUCGAAACCUAGCUCUGAUACCAAAUUAAUGGAGGCCCAAUUUUCAGUUGAAACAAAUAGAAGAAAAUAUUGACUUGUAUUUCAUAGAAGAUUGAAUUAUUAUAGACCUUCCAACAGAAUUGAAGACAAUAAGGGGUAGUGGCUGAUAACAUUCCGCAAAAUUUGUGUAGGAAAACUCAGCUUGCGGAAUCGGUUGUUAUUUUGUGUGAAUUAUAUCAAGGUUCAUACCUGACAACCUUCAUAAAAACCUGCACAGUGAUUAAUCCCUCUAGAGAAAAUUUGUGCCAACUGUUUUGUUCUAUAAGGUUUAGAGUUAUCUCCUUUUUCAUUAGUAUAUAUAUAUAUGUGCACACGAAAGACUUCAUACAUUACCUCAUUUUCAUGACCAUGUAUCAGCAGUUUUAAGAUGAUCAAGCAUAGCAUCAAAAAUGUAUUUCAGGUGACAAACUUUGCCACGUUUUCCAGUUGUGGUCGUUUAACAAUUGAAAGCUUUAGACAUAUUGGUUUUUCUCCUAGUAUGACAAAUUCUACUUGAUGUAAAUGAUCAUACGGUCUCAGGCAUUUGUUUGAUACCAUGUAACACUUAAGCACAAGGUCAUUUCUCGUUUAAUCCCAUGAAUUUUAAUUGUCUUCUAUUUUGAUGAAUCCUGAGAGACGGCUGUAAGGGUAUUUACUGUUCAGUUUCUAUGGGCAUUUCUCUUGUAGUCCUUUUCAUUACUUUGUAAUUUUCUUGUAUCAGCAAAAGAGAAAUGAUGUCCUUAAUAGCCCAAUUCGAACAAGAUCAAGUGCACACGACACUGUAAGGAAGAUGUUGGCUAGCUUGGGUGAUUCCUAUACCCGGUUCCUUACUCCCACAGAGGUAAUGAUUCGAAGAUAGUUCCUCCCAAUGUAUAUAAUUCUACCUUUGUAUGAAUGGAAAGAAGUAUUGACACAAGGAUUUCUGUUCCAUUUAUCUAUCAUGUGAUUCUUGGGAUACAUAAUCGGUUUUAGCCUUGUAUUGAAGCUUUAUUUUGGAAUUAAAAGGCAGAAUUUCUUAUUACGAACUCAAUCUGCAUGUAAAUAAACAUACUGGCAAACUGGGUUCUCAAGGACCUGGAUCCUUUGCACCUUUUCAGACACAAAUAUUUAUAUUUAUCAAACUUGAAGUUUCACCGAAGUGAUACCAUAUUUGUCAAAUUGUCAGUUAUGAAUGAUGUACGCGAAUAUUAAACAUUUCUCAACGAUUCAAUUCAUUUAACGAAAUUUCAAAACAACUAGUAAAUUAUAUUUCCUUGUCAAAUACUCCUGUUUAAAUAUGCAUUUUUGUGGACGGGUGAUAAUGAUGAAAAAACGUCAUGUUUUUGUAUGGAAGACGUAUAUGUUUAUGAAAUGUGGGAAUCGUGUUUGCCUUUUCCUUGAAAAAAGAAGAAACCCCUGUUCGAAAAUUCUAGAAAGAUAAAAGAGACCCUGGCUAACUAUAGUUUUUAAUCCCACAAGUUUAGAUGUCCAAAAUGCAAGAAAUUUCUUACACAAACAGCAACAAAAAAACCUAACAGAAGUAUAAAACUUAUUCUACAGAGAAAUAUAUCAUAUGAUAUAAUGAAGGUCGAAAGGAGUUUAAAUAUUAGAUUAGCACAGCUUCCUAGUUCUUAAUUUUAUACGGUAGUGCUAUGCUCUUCAGUUUACCAGACAGGGGGGGGUCUCAUUCACCAUAAACAAAAGAGAAUAUAUCUUUAAACUUAAAGACAAUAAUUGAUAAACUGAUUUUCAAAUCUGUCCACCUUUCUUUCUCCCUCCAAGUGAUUCAAAGCAUAUCGAAAUGUGGCAUUGUGGCUUUGAACCAAUCGUGGAGCUGUUGUGUCAUUAGGUGCGUGGUGGCUUAGAAAAAACUUUGAAAUAGGUGUUUUUCCUUUUUCUGCAUACCUUGAGGCCUAUCAAAAAGAGAGUCAUAUGCUUACUCACGUGAUCCCAUGAAGUUAAAACAAGGUUUGCAGUACUUAGGUAUACAACAGACAUCUGCUUCAUUCUUUCCAUGGAUUCAAUGGAGACAUCCAUUUGCCCUUUAAUGCUAGCUAAAAUCAAUUAAAUAUGUCAUGAUUUCAUUUCGGAGAUCUGAAUUUUCCGGAUUAUAGAAUACUAUCUUGUUAGUAUGGAAUCGUAUCUUUUAUCAUUGCUAGAUUUCUUGAAUUGAUUAACAAGGAAGAGUGAGCAUAAUGCGAAUGAAAAAUUAUAUUUCUCUGAUGAACUUGAGAUGGCUAUCCUCUGUUUGGGUUUGUGUACAAUUAUAUUUUUUAAUGAUUUUUCAAUUUUAUCUUCUCUGUCAUGUUAUUUACUUGCUUAAUAAACAAUUCAGUUAACGAUUCUCUGAUUCAUAUACAAGUUAUCAGCAUUAAUUAGAGUAAUUGAUGCUUUUACGAAGUUGUUAAAACUUGCUCAGAAAACUGUGUACAGGUUAGGUCUAUAAAUUAAACCAUAUUCUCCCCUUCACUUUUCAUAACUAUCUUUUGAAAGGUCUAUCACGUUAUUCUGGGAUUGACAUAGAAUAUCGAAAACCUAUGUUUGAUGUGUCGAAAGCUUCAAUAGCUUUACUGUUCCCUUCCACAGCCAGAAUAUUUAACGUCUCCAAAAAGAGUUCUAUACAAUUAUGAUGAGUUUGAGCUGUCCCCUUGAGAUUCACAUGAAGCCAAAAAAAUGUUAAUACUUGAAUGUAUCUUUCAGAGUUUCUUUCAUCAUUCAGUUUGUUGUCUACUGACAAUGAUUUCAGUUUUUCUCUCAUGUCUAUGUCAAUAUAUCUGUACUGAAAGUUCUCAAAGAUGGCCAGAUAUGACUUGACUGGAAUUGGUAUAAAUCUAAGGGAGAUUCCUGAUGACACUGGUGUUAUCAGAUUGAAGGUGCUGGGUAUAAUACUAGAUGGUCCUGCCUAUCUGGCCGGGGUUAGACAGGUAUAAUGCCUUUCCAAGUCUGUUCAUUGUUUCAGCUUUUUUAGUCAUUGACUAGAGAUUUCAAUUAAUCUUCGUUUAAAUUAGUGAUUGCUCCUGGUAAUCAAUCAUAAGUUAAGUCAAUAAUGGCAAUGUAUUUCUCAAUAGUAACGUGUAUGCCUAUUUUUAAAUGAUGAUUCAGUUUUACAAUGUUCUUGUUUGUAUUACUCAAAAGAACUUUGUAUCUUGUUUUUCGCUAGUAAACAUUUGGCCACUAUUUUGAAGGAAGUUUUUAUAUUUUUGAAGUUAAUGAACUGGGGGAAGUUAUGAAUAAAGGAAAAUUCUACUAUUGUAAUGUGUUAGUAAAUUGAUGAUUAUCCUACUGAAUUGUUAUCCCCUCAACCUGUGUGAGCUUAGGGCUUCGAAGACAGAAUCCAAAAGCGCGCAGCAGCAUUUUCUUGCCUUUGCCAACUUGAUGUCAUCCCACUUUUAAGUUUUUAUCCAAAAAAAGACUACCCUUGAUACUGAUCUUCAUUGAUUGACCUAACCCGGAUAAUGUCUAUCCACGAAAGGUCUGAAAAACCUCUAUACACGUGGAUCUAUUGAUGUACGUGAGAUGCCAUAUGUGGGCUGACUACCACUGAGAAGAGUUCUUGAUAGUGCCCAAAGGAUGCCAAUGGCAUCCAUUAUCCAGUUUAGAUAUUUGUAAGAAAUGAACUCUUUCAUGAAGAUUUGCAUAAUUCAAAUAUAUGUACACAGCUAGACUUUAGAAAAAAAAUCAUUUAGAAAUCGCCAUUCUGAGCUUCUGUACUUAAUGAAAACUGCUUUCUUAGUUGAAUAAUACUGUUUUCAGUAAAAUCAUAUCAUUAAUGCAAACUUUAUUUUCAUUUGAAAUUGAAAAAUUAAGAAAACUUAUCUCGUAGAAAUCGUGUUGUUUCUUGUUUCAGAGGCAUUAUUAUCGAAAAUAUCUUGACCACCUCUUACUGUUCUUUUGAUUUUGUAAGAAUAGAAAUAACCAUGAAGCUCUUCGAGUCAACCUCAGAUGGGUUGUCUAAGCUCUUACGACUCUAUAUUGAGUUCCCUGAAACGUGGUUUACUAUUCUCUAUGUGAUUAUUUUCUCGAAAAUUAUCCACAUAAACAGAAUCUAUUCGGAUAUUCUGUUUGGUUGCAUGAUUGAUGAUUUUUCCUCUAUUUAAGUUACGAGUAAAAUAUUUCACAGAUCAUGUUUUUAAUAGUUAACUGUUUUGUAUUUUUCACCUAUUCAAGAUCAAAAGUAUUAGAUAUCAGGGAGAGGAGUCAAAACAGUUAACUGUUUUGGUUACAUGAUUUUUGUCAGAUAAAUUCUUUAGCCUCUUUGUUCAUGGAAUACUCAACCAUAAAGUAGAAAAUAUACUUAUCGUACCUAAUGUUGUCUGUGAUACAGCAUGUUGGAGAUUAUAGUAUGCAACUAAAUGUGGACAAGUGGGGCCAAUUUUCUCCUAUUUUUCAGUAAUAACUAAAGCAGUUAUUAAUGAACUGAUUCUACAGUGGGAUGCUUAUUAUUCAGUCAUGGAACGGUUUAAUUUUGUUGAUUGUAAAACUAUUGCGCUUUUUCGUUUUUCUGUCACUGUGAAGAGCUUGAGGCUGGUAAAAACAGAGUGCACUUGAUUGGGAUUUACUAGUUCUUAAAAGUAUGGUCUAUACGUGUUGUAAAGUUUUAAAUUAUUCACGGUAGAUUUUCAUGAUGUUUCAGUCUGCUCAAUGAGACAGAUUUCAUUCUUUUUUUUCCGAUCGUGUGAUGACUAUAGUUCCUGAAAAAACUUCUAUUUAUGGUGAGAUUCGAAAGGAAAAUAUAUUAGAAAUAGUUUGUUAUUGUACGUGUUCUCACUUUCAAUAAAAAUGUAAAAUCUUUCAUCUCUUCUCCUUAGAGAAUUUUUGUGUGAGGUUUAUGAUUUUCAGAUAUAAUAUUCUUGUCUUGUGGAUUCUUGAUAGGGAGAUGAGAUAUUGUCCGUUAAUGGAAUGGAUAUUAGGGGAAAAUCAAGUUUUGAAGUUUCAUCACUGCUACAAGGGCCCAAGGAAACCUUUGUUAAUCUUGAGGUUAGUAUAAUAGCCGUUUCAUCUUGUCUUAUGUGCAUCAUAUUUAGUUAUUUCAAGUACUGUAAUUUUCGUAUCCUCACAGGUUCAACACAGAGAUUGUCGUCAAGUUCGUUCUAUUAAAGUCAAAAGGCAAUCAGUUGCUCAAACACCUGUGUUCUACAGAUUAGAGAAAAUGGAGAGUGGCGCAGCUUAUAUUGGAUAUGUUCAGUUGAAAGAAUUCAAUGCAUUGGCAAAGAAGGAUUUAGUUAUUGGUAUACAUCUUUUUUCAAUGUGGAGUAAUAACGUUUUGUUAUGUGACCUUAUUUUUCAUGAAUGUUGAAAACAAUGUUGACUGUGUGAUGAGUUUUUCGUUUCAAAAUUUUUGAUUGGUUGAUUUUUCGUUUCAAUUUUGAUCCCGUAUUGGUUGGUCGUGUGGAUUGCAACUCAUUGGCAGCUUUUUUAUUGUUUUAUCGCUACUUAGUUAGACACCAGCUAUGAAUUUUGAUCUUGGCGGAGUUUUUGUUGGUGAACACAUUUCUGUUAGGUAUUUUCCAUAUUAAACUUAGCUCAGCUAUUGGCGUAUGCAUAUUUUUGGUAAAUGAUUGUUGCAUUCGAUCCUUGCUUGUGCCCCUCUUCUGGGUAUAUUGCCUGUCCGUUUCCUUUCUAGCCCAUCCAUGUUGCUUUAUUUGAUGAUCGUAUCUUUUGUAAUUUUGCAGCAAUGAAGCGUCUUGAAGAUGCUGGUGCCUCUUCCUUUGUCCUGGACUUGAGGGAUAACCGUGGUGGACUAGUUCAGGUUCUUUCAUUUUUUAGAUAUGCUAUCCUUCAAUUGCUCAGCAUUGAAAUUCUUAAAGCACAAAUUUUGUGAUAUAGUUUAAAAAAGACCAGUUAACUGACCUAAAUGUGGAAGUUUGAUUGUUUUUCGAUUCUUAGUUUCAUUCAAAGUCAAGAUGGGUGGAAAAUAGUAUUUGAUGUUCUAGAGAUUUGUCUAAAAAAUGCUAGCAUGGCAUUAUGAGAUGAACUAUGAAUGAUACAUUAAGUCAGGUUUGUGGAGGCAGUCUCAAUAGCUAGUCCAAUAACCUGAAGAAUCGAGCCAGGUCUACAAACAUGAUUCUCAGAUUUUCAUGGGUAGGACUGAUAUGGUUUAAUAUUUUAAUCCUUGAGGGUACAUUUUGUAAUAUUUCCAAUGCCUUGUGUAAAAUUAAAGAAUGUACAGGCAUAUCACUAAAAGUGAAUUGAUAAGAGAUAAUGAUGUGAAAAAUAUUUUAGUUCUUAAAUUAAUAUUUCAUGAACAUAAAAUUGACCUCAUGGCGGAAAUACCUGUGAAUAUAGAACAACUAUAAGUACAAGAACAGAUUAUGUUACUCCUCGCUCAUCAAAAUCAAAUUGGCCACUCUUUAGUAUGUUGAAUCAUCUAGGGGUCUACAUACGAAACGUCUGCAUGCUAUCUGCGAAAACUUUGACCUAUGUAAAUUCUACCUGUGAAUAUCAACUAUUAAUAUAGAUGUCCUGGAUGAUGGCAUGUAAUUUUGUGUUGCCUGUGCUUUUACAUAUGACAAGAUGUAUAUAGGAAGGGAGUAUAUAAUAAUAUGUUAAUUUAAUAUCUGUACUUCGUCCCGUUCCAUUGAGAAAUCGUGAUGAUUCUUCGAACUCUAUUAUUUUGUCAUUAUACUUUUACCUGAUCCAUCCUUGUAAAAAUGUUCUUGAAUUAUUUUGCCAUUUGAGUUCAAGUAUGAUCAUUUUUUUAAUUCUUACUCUGUAUCAAUAGAAAUUUUACGCCUUGGAACAAAAGCACCUGGAUAAAUUUUGUCUGGAAGUUAUCAUAUGUUUUAUUAUUCAAAUUUAUUUAUUUUUUCAUUUCUCUGAAUGGAAGUACCAAAGUAUUUGUCAAGUACCAAGAUUUAUAGUGGCAAAGUAUUUAAAAAUAAUUUACCCAAUGCAUAUUUUACCGUCUUUAAGUACAUAGGCUAUUAUAUCUCUUGUUAAUGAUAACACUGCUUCUUUUUCAGGCGGGUAUUGAGAUUGCAAAGCUCUUCCUUGAUAAAGGGCAGACGGUAAUUUGGGUUUAAUGUAUAUUAGAUAUCACUGUAUGGCUGUUUUCUUAUAAUGACAUCAUAGAGUAUAUUCAGUUGUGCUUCUAAUCCAAAUGAAUCGAUCUUUAGGAUGGAUUAGGGCUUUGUUUAGCUUUUCAAGGUCUGAUUUGAAUCAGACUUUUUGGUUAGCAAAUCCACAGAUUUUUCUAGACCUAUCUGCUGAACUCCAAAACCUCGUCUAGCUUUCUUUGAAGGGAUUGGGGGUCAUUUUAUAAAGCCCCUUUGUGUACUUGAAAGAGCAUGUUGGCCUUGAAGGGGCAAUUGGUCUGAUCAACUGCCUUCUUUCUGCCCCUUUUUUCUUUUCUAUCUUUUGCAAUUUGUCUUUCCAUUAAGGAGAACACUUGCUUCCUCUAGUGUAAAUGGACUUUCUCUGAUGAUCCCUUCAUGAAAAGAUGAGUCUUCUGUGCAUGAUAAGAGGGACAGCCUGAUUCAGAACAGAAUAAGGAAUUGGUGCCAGGUGCAUGCAGUGUAUGGACAUAUCCACUGCGUGGCAAAUAUGCAUUGGGUGCCUGGCACAUUAGGCACUGGACAUGUUCAAAGCAAUUGUAUAGUAAUUUCAGAGUUGGCUCCCAAUGGGUCUCAAGCAUGGCAGGUGCCAACAAGAUCUGACCUUUUGGAGUAGGCAUGCAUCCAUUAAGAAGCAAGCGUAGCCAUCAUAAAGCAAGCAUUUGUAGCAGUCAUUGAAUAGCCAUGCACCAGAUGCAAGUCAAAGAGCGUCAUGCAAAUGACAAUUUCAUACAGGCUUAUACCACGAUUCUGCAUGUAGUUGCUUAAAUGGUUUUCAAAUCAUUGACCAAAGAUGCAGUUGUGGCCUACAGUAUGUGUAUAAGAGGGAACGUAUGAGAGGAGAAGAAACCUUUCUGGUCCCAAUGUAUAUAUCACUCUUCAGUAAUAAACUGAGUUUUUCUUUUCUUUUCUUUGUCCAAAAUCACUUUUAGUGUUAGGAACCGCAAAUGGCUUCUUGGUGUUCACAUGUGAAGGUUUUGAAGGUUAAGUAAUUUGUGAAAGAAAUUACUUCUCUAGCUAACUCAAGAAUGAGGUGUAGCCAAGAUUAAGGCCUGAAAAUAAUUCAUUAGGGAGUUAGGGAACCAUAACUCCUUCAAGGCUCAACACACUAAGGUAUUCUCAGAUUGCAUCUAGCUAUUCAAUUUCAUUUUCUCGGCAUGAAGAAUAUGUUUGAAGUGUACAAGCUCUUCAAUUUGUGACAAACCAUGGAAUUAGGUACAAAGUGAAUUUUGCUGCAAGGAGUAAAGAAACUCUAGGCAGUAACAACCUUGGUGGACGCAAUGCUGAAUUACAAGUCGACUACAUUGUCUGACCCUAAACAAGAAAAAAGGUAAAGUGAUGGGAAGAAGAGGUGGGACCACUAUAAAGGCAAAGCGAAGGGAGCAGUGAGGAAUUAAACCUUCACCCAGUCUAAUUGGGUUAAAAUGUGCCUACUUCGUUCUCUAAGAAUCUCAUUAUGUCUUGGACUAUUGAAAGCACCUUGAGGAUCUAGAGUAUGUUAGAAUGAGAGUACCCCCAAGCUUCAAUUUGGCAUAAAAGGUCGCAAGGUAGACACUAAGGUUCUCUUAGGUGUAUUCACUUGCGUAAGAUUGAAGAAACCUUCCUCGUUACUUUGAUGCUUGGUGAUGUAGAUGCAACCUUGGCCGGCAUUGACAUGCAAGCCGAAGAAGGAAAUGGGCGGGUGAAAGGGCACUAUGGUGCACACCAUUACCAUCCAUUGGUAAGACGAGAAAAUGCUAUCUGUCACCACCAUGAGUCACUUUGCAUACUGAUUCAGUAUGUUGGUGAGGAUCCCAUGUUUUCCAUGAGCGCACUUCCACGAAUUUAAGAUAGUAAUGGCCCACACUGAGGAAUAACCAUAUUUCUGGAACUUGCCCAUUACAAGUUGUCCUCGUUCUAGUGCUGAUGCCUGGCUUUGAUUCAUCUGGGACAUAGCAGGGGAUUUCAAGGCUGGUGUGCAGGGUCCUUUGGCUGGCGAAUUCCUCCUCUUCUUUUGAAUGUCAAUUAGCAACAAAGCUCUCUUGUAUGAAAUGCUGGUAGGCCUUGGUGGAACCUCCAACCCUUCAACUAUGUAGACUAGGUCUCUCUACUUAUCCAAAGGGGAAUUCAUUGGGGGCUUGACUAGGGUCGGUCAACAUUUGUCAAAAAUUGUUUAUGGCAAAAGGCUGAUUCCAUGGAAUGAAAUUUACUUCCUCUUAUCCUUUGAACUCUCUAAGAGUCCUAACAAGAGACCUUACUUCGAACUUAAUUGUUUAUGUAUUUAAAAUGUGGAUGAGGAGUUAUGUUAAUUUAGUAAUUAUGGUGAUGAAUUCAUCAUUCUAUUGCUUUAUAGUUCCAUCCGUGCACAUCAGGAUAAAUACGAAUUUUACAUAAGUACAGCAAUGCCACUAACCACUAGAAAUAGUGCUAAAGUUGUGAGUAUCUUUGCAAAAUUUCCAGGUUAUUUACACAGUAGGCCGGGAUCCUGAAGUUCAGAGAACUAUUGUUGCAGAAAAAGCACCCGUUUUCACCUCACCUCUCAUAGUAUGUAUUUUUUCUCACUUUAAACAUAUGUUAGGAAUCUUUGUUUCACAUGCCCUCCUUCCAGUCAAUGAAUAGAACACUCAGAAUCAUGAGUAGUGCUGUGUUCUCUGCCUUCUAUGUGUCAGAUUAGUUGGUGAUACAGAUUGGCAUUGCACCCUAUUGCCCCCUUAUCUUGCAUCUAAUUUUAUAUUAAUGGGCCAAUGUGCAGUACUGUUAUGUGUAUCGUAAUUCUUGAUAGGGUUGAGCUUCUAACUGAUAUUUUUUUCUGGUACCAUAAACUUCAUUCCAAUUGGGUUCCCUAUGCAGUUGAUUCAAUCUCAUUUCACAAGCCUAUAUGCUCUGGUUCAUGUGAAGCUGGUUUCUUAUAAGUCGAGUUAUGCAAAUUCACAUGGUUUCCUUGACGUUGAAGACCACGGCUUUUAAUGUGUACCAUCAAAGCGUUUUUAAGAAAAAAAAAAUCAAUUGCUUCUGAGAAUGUGUGCGUUUAAUUUGUCACUAAUGGAGGAGUAUAUUAAAAGCCGCUCCCAUCAGAGGGUACAGAGAACCUGUUUUUCUUUGGAAAUUGAUGAUUAAACCUUUCUGAUGCAGAUCCUAGUGAAUGGCCAGACUGCAAGUGCUAGUGAAAUUGUGAGCGACUAAGUUCCUUUACAUGAUCUUCUUACAAGAAUAUUUUUCUAGAUAGGGUAAUGAAUGCUAUAACCAGACUGGUUCACAGGUGGCUGCUGCGCUUCAUGACAAUUGCAAAGCUGUUCUCGUUGGUGACAAGACAUACGGCAAAGUACGAACUAGAGACAGCCAAAUAUAACUUUUGAUAGUAUUUCAACCUGUUUAUUUGAUUGAUAUGGGUUAUUUCACAACAUUCUCAUCAUUUUCAUUCAUCUAGGGACUGAUUCAAUCGGUGUUCGAGCUUCACGAUGGAUCAGGGGUCGCUGUUACCAUUGGAAAGUAUGUCACACCCAAUCAUAUGGACAUAAACGGAAAUGGAAUUCGGCCAGAUUUCUCACGGAUUCCUGGUAAUCUAACCAUUUUUCUUUAGAUCGCUUCUUGGUAGAAUUUGGACAGAAUAAUAUCUUCUUCUAAGGGUUAAUCCAAAAUUGCAGCCUUGAGCAGAGUUACCCAGUACAUGUCACAAUGCCGAUUGUCAAGUAAAGCUUAA